AUGGCAUACGCAGAUAUCCAGAUGUUCAUGGGAAAGUUGAAGCAGCUGAUAUACUCCAAUGAUAUUCCAGUGAUCAACAAUCCAUCAAUCUUAAGUGAAAGGCCUCAAUUCCAACAUCUUUAUGAAGAGCUUGGCUUCAUGAUCCAAAUCCUUUUCAACCACGAAGACCAAGAUCUACACAGCUUUGAAAAAGUGAGAAAACUGAAGAAAAGAUUCAAAGUUGCAGCUGAAGAAGCAGAAGGUAUCGUCGAUAUCUUUCUAACCACUGUCCACUGUAGAAAAAACGGAUAUUUCCCUAGAUCUGAUGUCUUUCACCCCUCUCUCCACCUUGAGGUUGUUAUGAGAUCAAUCAAUUCUAUCAAGAUAGAGUUCAUGACUAUGAGCAUCGAUAACAUGAAGAUGGACUCAUCUCUGAGAACUGACAGACUGCAAUCGGCUGGAACUUCCCACACUAGAAAUUCAAGGGGUUCAAAGAAAUUAUUGGAAAAAGUCAUUGUGGGGUUCAAUCGUGAUGCUGAGAUAAUACGGGACAAACUUGUUGAAGAUGGAAAGCAUCUGGAUGUGGUAUCUAUUAUUGGUAUGGGUGGAAUAGGUAAGACUACCCUUGCUAACAAAGUCUUCACUGAUCCUUUUGUUGUUCAUCAUUUUUAUGUCCGUGGAUGGGUCACUGUUUCACAAAUAUAUGACAAGCGGGAUCUGUUGAUUCAAGUUCUGACAUCCAUAGAUGAUCAAUUAGAGCUUGAGAAAGCAACGGACUAUCAACUUCGUGAGAUGUUGCACAAGAGCCUAAACCGUAAGAGAUAUAUGAUUGUCAUUGAUGACAUCUGGAGUAAAGAGGCAUGGGAUAAGCUGAAAUUAUUUUUCCCUGAUGAUAACACUGGAAGUCGAAUUCUGCUUACUAGUCGCCUCACCGAAGUUGCUUCGCAUGCAAAAUCACAUGGACUCAUUCAUCAUUUACAACAUUUGACUGAAGAAGAAAGUUGGAAGUUGCUGUGUGAAAAGGUGUUCCAAGGAAACGAAUGUCCCAAAUGGUUGAUUGCUCCUGGAAUGCAAAUUGCAAAAAACUGUUAUGGAUUGCCACUUUCUGUUGUUGUGAUGGCAGGAGUUCUAGCAAAAGAACCAAGGAGGAAAGAUAUAUGGCUAAAAAUAUCUUGCAGUGUCCAUUCGUAUAUUGCUAGUGAUGAGAAAGGAUGUCUGGAAACAAUAGCAUUAAGUUACCACCAUCUACCUCUUCACUUGAAAGACUGCUUUCUCUAUCUGGGAGGGUUUUUAGAAGACUCUCAGAUCUAUUCACCAUUGUUGAUUUGUUUAUGGAUGGCUGAGGGAUUUAUACAAGAAGAUGGAAGUCGAAGCUUGGAGGAAAUUGCCAAGGGUUACCUGAUGGAUCUAGUUGACAGAAAUCUUCUAAUUGUAGAAAAAUGGUAUAUUUCGGGUGAUGUUGAACUUUGUAAAGUCCAUGAUCUUGUGAGGCAGCUAUGUGUGGAAAAAGGAAAAGAAGAAAGAUUCUUCCUGAAAAUAGACUGGCCACCAUCUAAUCAUCAUUGUGAGAUAAUUACCACCCAUAAGCAACGCCGUGUGUUCACAAAUCAAGAAAUCGACAUUAUGACUUUGUCUCAUCCGCCCACCCCAAGUAUUAGAUCGUUUUUGUGCUAUCAUAGGAAAACAACCUUAACUGAUAAUAUCUCAAAGUUUUGCAGUUCCUUUGCACUUCUUAGGGUGUUAAGUCUACAAAAAUGUAUACUGAUUGAUUUUCCCCCUGGUUUAGCAUUACUAGUUCACUUAAGGUUCCUAGAAAUUUGGCUGUCAUUAUUCCCACCAUCAAUAUGCAAUUUAUGGAACCUUCAAACCCUCGUUGUUAGAACAAGUUCUAGUUCUAUGGUUUUACCUAGUAACAUAUCAAAUUUGGUGAAUCUGAGACAUUUAGCCAGUAACACAAAUCUAUAUCUUCCUUCUAUUGGAAAACCAAUGAAAUUAGAAGUUAUUACAAAUGUGGUGUUGGGAAAUGGGGUAGAUAAUUUUCAGAAAUGUUUUCCUGGGAUCAAGGAUCUUACAUCUACUCUUUACUCUGACGAGGAAAAUGACUUUGAAGUACUCCGUUACCUUCAAGUAUUGAUGUUAGUUGGGUCGGGCUACAGCAGAAGGAGAUCAGUUGAGCCAGAACUUCUCAGAGGUGCACCAAACUUGGGAAAGAAUCACAUUAUUAGGUUCCCUGAAACACUGAAAGUACUUACACUUGUAAGGUGUGGUCUACCGUGGAGCAACAUGACUAUCAUUCAGUCAUUACCUAAUCUUGAGUUUCUUGUAAUAAAAGACAAUGGCUUCGAGGGAACACUGUGGGAAACAGGUGAGGAGCAGUUUCAACAACUAAAAGCCUUGAGACUUGAAGACUUAAAUAUCAAAAAAUGGGAAGUCUCAAGCAUCAAUUUUCCACAUCUUGAACGAUUAGAGGUUUCGAAUUGUAUUGAUCUUGAAGAGAUACCCCUUGAAUUAGGGGACAUCUCAACGCUUGAGUUUAUUGCUGUUAUGAAUUGUGGCGCUUCUCUUCUUGAAUCCCUUCAAAAAAUACGACACGAGCAAGAUGAUGCAGGAAACUAUGAACUGAAGAUCAAAGUUGAUGGAAGGAAUAUUCCCUCUUGUGUACCCAAUCAUGACCAUUAA